UUUUUUUUUUUAGAUAAUUUUUUUUUCUUUUCCUAAAUAUCUAUAUCAUGAAUCAACAACAAGAUACAUUAUCUAGAAGCUAUACAGAUAGUAUAUCAAGCUAUUUAUAUAGUAGAAUGGAAGAAACUGAUAAUCAUAGUAUAAUGGAUUAUACAAACCAAUCAAUUCGUUCUUUUCAUACUAAUGGAAAUUUGACUCCAGCAAAGGAUAAGUCACUGUUAAAGAUUGAUAAUUAUUAUGAAAUAGGAAGAAAAAGUUCUACCAUGUCUGAUAUAGCAUCAUCUCAAUAUAAUUCUUUUAGAGAAGAGAUGCCUAUUAACUACGAAAACCAUCAAGAAGAGACGGUAACACCUUUACCCUUAUCACAAAUACUUGUCAUUUCCAUCAUACUCUUUAGUGAGCCCCUUACAUCUACUAUUUUGUUCCCGUUUAUUUAUUUUAUGAUUAAAGACUUUCAUCUAUCAGACGAUGAAAAAGAGAUUGGUCAUUAUGCAGGAUGGAUCACUUCUAUAUUCUUUUUAGCUCAAUUUUGUACUGCUCUUAUGUGGGGUAAAAUAUCAGAUAAAUAUGGAAGAAGGCCAGUAUUAUUGACCGGAUUAAUUGGAAAUGCAAUAUCAGUAUGCUUGUUUGGUGUAAGUAAAAACCUUUGGUGGGCUAUUAGUGCACGCGCUUUAUGUGGUGUUAUGAAUGGUAAUGCAGGUGUCGCUAGAAGUGUAGUUAGUGAGAUCACAGAUAACACAAAUAAAGCCAAGGCAUUUUCACUUUUCGGAUUUUGUUGGGGUGCAGGCAUGAUUGCUGGUCCUGCAUUAGGCGGCUAUUUCUGUAAGCCAGCUGAGCACUUUCCAACUAUAUUCGGUAAUAAUCAGUUUCUAAAGGAGUAUCCAUAUUCCUUACCAUGCUUUAUAUCUUCAUGUGGAACUACCAUCGGGUUUAUUAUUGCUUACUUUUAUUUAAAAGAAUCUAAUCCCAAUGUUAUAGCAAAUAAUACAUUGAACACAGAAAAUGAUAAACAACAAGUAAAUGAGUGUACAUCACUUUUAAGAAAUGAUACGACAGAAUAUUCAAAUAAAGUAGCAGUGUUGAGUUCACCUAAGAUAGCAUCUAUAAAUGAUAUAUCAAGUGUUUCAUUUAUUGUCAUCCUUUCUUACUCCAUAUUCUCCUUCCAUGCAAUGAUAUUUGAUGAAGUCUUACCUCUUUAUUUUACAGCACCCACUUAUGCAGGUGGAUUAGGCUUCACAUCUGCUGAAUAUGCAAAAGUAUUGUCAUGCUUCGGAAUCAUACAACUUAUUAUUCAGUUUGUAAUUUAUCCGAAAUUAACAAAAAGAUUUUCCACGUUAGUACUUUGUCAGACAGCAUUCCUUUUUUUUAUUCCACUUUAUUUACUCUUUCCAGAGUUGAGUACUCUAAAAGAAUUAACUAGUGAUGAUGGGCAAAAUUGGAUAUUUAAUUUCGCUUACAUAACAUUGUUGCUGUUUCGAUUUCUUGGCAACUGCUUUUCAUUCACAGGACUUGGUAUAAUGACAAGUUUAUCCGCAGAACCUGAAGUACUUGGGAUUGUAAACGGGUAAUAAAUAAAUUUAAUAACUACAUAUCUAUGCAUUAUAUUCAUCACUUCCGUUAAUAUAGCUUAUGCCAAUCUUGCAUAUCACUUGUUCGAGCUCUCGGUAUAGUAUUAUAUAUGCAUACAAUUCAUUUCUAUCGAAGUAAACACUUUUUUUUUUAAAAAAAAAUAUAUGUAGGGCCUACGUUUGGUGGUUCACUUUGGUCAUAUUCUCUAAAGGAUGGAAAUCAUUUCCCUUUUGAUCGACACUUAAUUUAUUAUAUCAUGGCUUGCUUAUCAUUAUAUAGUUUUCUUCAAAGUCUCUCAAUACCUAAUAGUGUAGCUUUAGGUGGAAUAAGAAAACGGAUUUAAUUAGUUUAUCAAAUACAUUCUAUAAUUAAAAAUAAAAUGUAUAUUUUUUCUUAAAGUCAA